AUGGAUCCAGCCUAUCUGAACAAGAAGAUCGUCGACCUGAGUGAUGACGAGCUCAUUGCCCUCGGGUUCCAGGGCGAAAACGUUGCUCCAGGUAUCAAACGUAUGGUUGACAAGGUGAAAGCCGACCCCAUUCACCUAGGCACCGUGACCUGCUUUAUGGUCGACUGUCUUAAGCGCAGAUACACCGUUCAGGCUUCCCCACAAGAUGCUACUCAGUCGCCUGCCUCUCCUACCUCUCCCGUGUCUGCCACCCUUAGUCAGGCCGAGACUGUCUACCCAGAGCUCAGAAGCGACUCGGACGCCCACACCGUCGUCGCCCCCAACCUGAUUUCCAAGUUUGAGAUGAAGUACUGGUACCACGGCAUCUCCGGCGACCCUCCCAAGCUCUUGUGGCGUUCCGAUCUCAAAAGUAACCCCUUCCCCAACCCCCCGCCUGGGGCCAGGUUCUUUAAGAUCCCUACCAAGACCGCCCACGGCGUCUUUAACACGCCGCUUAACGACGUGUGGGACGAAGUCGCUCCUCGGAUCCUUGCGUCAAUGAAGGCCCACAGCCUUAAGUACUCCGCGCUCAAGACGGUUCGCUUCUCGACCGUUGAGGACGGUAAGGACGAAACUCUCGGCCCCGUCGUCGUGUGGAUUGCCGUUCGUCCCAACACUACCAACGCAGGGGCUGUUCGUGAUGCUACGCCAGACAUCCUCCACAUCCUCGCUGAUGUGCGGAUUACCGAUGUCAUCGUCGAGUGGUACGAGGCGUCGGUCGUCAGGCUGGUCGGUCCACCUUUGAUGAGCGUCGAGGACAACACUGACCCCAAGUUUGGCCUCAAUCACCCGUUCAACACUGGCCUAGGCAUCCCCAUCGCUAGGCAGUCCGACGACGCGCAGGGCACCCUCACGCUCCUGUUCAAGGAAAUGAAGACGAGCAGUGGCGAGCCAAGCGAGAGGAUUCUCGCCCUCACCAGCAAACACGUCGCCUCCGUCGACACCACACCGAUUACAAGUUCGACGGGGCCAACCCUCAGCACAUCCUCCGACGUCGUCAUACUUGCCGGAGAAAUCGAGGCCUUGGAGUCAAAGUUGGGCACGCCCAAGGAGAACAGGACGGCUCUGAAACUCAAGAAGAAUGCUCUGAACGCUCUGAACGAGGACAACCCCAUGCUUCAGACCUUCUUUGACGAAGUCAACGCCGACUGGUUUGGUGUUGUCGACUGGGCUCCCAAGAUCUCAGCCAGGGUUGAUGACUGCCACUACACUCGUGACAUCGCCACGUUUGCGGUCUAUGGGGAGAAGCUCAAGAAUUUUGAACGUAACAUCGUCGAUCUAGGAAACCAAUACACCAGCCGUCAGCUCGGGGAUCACUUCUGGCCCGUCGCUGCCGUUCUAGAGGGUAGGACGAUCCCAGCCAACCGGCAGCUUCCCAUCCGUUGCGCUCUUACUGGUCGCCGCCUCAGCAAUCCCGACACACAGGACAAGAAUGGCAAUCCCCUGUACAUCGUGGGCAAGUACGGCAACACGACCAAGCUUACCUUGGGCCGCUACUCGGGCAUGGACGCCUAUAUCUGCACCGACCUCGGACUCGAGUCUAGGGAGAUGGUCGUCUAUAACUAUCACAAGACUUUUGGCAACUUUUCGGAUUAUGGGGACUCGGGAUCUCUUAUUUUUACGGGCGACGGCGAUGCGCUUGCCUCGUUGCACUCGGGAAUGCCUCGAGGCACGGACAACCAUGUUACUUAUGCUACGCCUAUUUGGUGGGUUAUUAAGCAGGUCCUGGUCGAGUAUCCCUUCGCCGAGUUUUACGGCAUCACUUGCAGUUUUGACUGA